GUACACCCAAUCUCUUGGUCCUGUAAUCUCUGCCCAUGGGUUGUCCUAUCAUUGUUAUGCCGAUGACACCCAACUCUUUCUCUCCUUCCCGCCCUCUGACACUCGGGUCUCUGCUCGCAUCUCUGCUUGCCUGAGGGACAUCCAGAGCUGGAUGGAUAACCACCAUCUUAAGCUGAACCCAGGCAAGACGGAGAUGAUCUUCAUCCCUGCUCCAUCCUCUAACCUUCUCGACUUUUCUAUUUCCCUGGGGGACACUGUGGUGUCAUCAUCACCCACCGCAAAAAACCUUGGAGUGGUGAUGGACAACAGACUGUCCCUCUCCCAGAACAUCACGGCGGUGAGUCGAACGUGCAGGUUCUUCCUGUACAACAUCCGGAGAAUCCGCCCCUUCCUCACCACCUACGCAACCCAGCUCCUGGUUCAAGCGAUGGUCCUGUCCCGCUUGGACUACUGCAACUCGCUACUGGCUGGUCUGCCAGCAUCCGCCAUCAGACCCCUGCAGCUCAUCCAGAAUGCUGCAGCGCGUCUGGUCUACAACCUCCCCAGACAUUCCCAUGUCACCCCCCUGCUCACUGACCUCCACUGGCUGCCUGUUAUGGCUCGCAUCAAAUUUAAGUCCUUGGUGCUUGCAUACCAGGCAGCUAAGGGGUCAGCACCAGGGUACAUUCAGAGGAUCAUCAGACCCUACACGCCAGCCAGACCUCUCCGUUCGGCCACCUCUGGACGCUUGGCACCUCCCCCUCUUCGCGUCUGCACUUCCCGCUCCCGUCUGCUGUCUGUCCUGGCCCCUCGCUGGUGGAAUGACCUCCCCGUGACGGUCAGAACAGCAGAGAUUCUCACCACUUUCAAACGCAGACUGAAGACUCAUCUCUUCAGGCUGCACCUCUCCCCACCCCUCUCUAGCCUAUAGUUCAGCUCACUGUAUCUAGCUAGGAUAAUUUGAUUAUGUUAGUGUAUCUGGCAGGAUUGUUUUUGUAUGAUUAGGUGUGAUUCAAGUCUUAGUUUGUACUUGGUAGGAUUCUUGCUUGCUGAACAAGCUUACUCUACAGGGUUGGAGUCCUGAUCAAUGUGGUCACUUCUGGCACUACGAUCCUUACUUCACUCUAGUGUUUCUUUUGCGCCUCUACAUCAUGAAACCUAUGCACUUGUUGUACGUCGCUCUGGAUAAGAGCGUCUGCUAAAUGCCUAUAAUGUAAUGUAAUGUAAUGUAAUGAGGGAGGUCUGGGAUGGUGUGA